UCAUUAAGAAUGCAAAAAAAUAUAUUUAAAUAUAUCACACCUCUUUCAAAUAGAUUCAAUUUAACAAAAAUAAGAAAACUUAAAUUAUUCAGAAAAGAAAAGCAGAAAAAACAAGUGACCGUUUUUAACCAUGUUGUAAAUAAUUAUAUUGGGCUUGAUUUAUUCUUCACAAAACUGAACAAUAUUACCAGUAAUCAUGAAAAACUCAACUACAUAAAUUUCCUUCAACAAAUUGUAGAGGAUAAGGCAUAUGAACACCUACUAUUUAGUAAUAAUUAUAUGAGAAUAAUAAUAUAUAUAUUGAAUGAGAAAUGUUUAGUUAUUAAAAACAAUGAAGAAAAAUAUGAUGAUUUAGAUUAUGAAAUAAUAUAUAGGAUUUUAUUAAUAUUUAAAAAUUUAACAAGAUAUAAAAGCUUUUAUCAUGUAAUAUUAAAUGACUAUACACAUAAAAAUAAAAAAAUAUCCUUAUUGUAUACUCUUAUGAAUAUAUUAAACGAAAAAAACGAAUUCAAUAAUAAUAAUUUAGAGAAAUAUAAAGAAUACAAUUCAAUAUUUAACUAUUUUACUUCUUUCUUUAAAAAUGCAGAAGAUACAAAAAAUUAUAUUACUCAAGACAGCUCAACUGAAUUAGAUUCUAAAAUGAAAAAUGAGGAACAAAAGGAAAAUGAGAAAAAAAGCCAAAUAAAUCAAAUGAAAAAUAAGAUAUAUGAUAUAGGCAGAAAUAUUUUAUUGAAAUUAAAAGAUGAAAAAUUAAAAAUAGAAAAUAAAUUAAAAUCACAAUAUGUAAGAGGAUCGACUCAUAAUACUAAUCAAACAUCAACAAAUUUUAAAUCUAUGCAGAAUCAAGAGGAUGUAUCAUUAGAAAAAAAAAAAAAUGAUGAUCAUCAUCAUAUGGAUAAAGAUAAUUACAAUACAUCAGAAAAUAAUUUUAAACAGAAAAAUAUAAACAUAACAGAUCAAAAUAAAAACAAUAAGGAUCAUUUAUAUGAUGAUACCCCACAAAAUGACAAUAACACUAAUAUCAAUGAUAAAAAAUAUGUAAAUAAUAUAGAAAAAAAAACAAACAAUAUAAUAGAUCAUUAUAAUGAAGAAAAUGAUAUUACAAAUAAUGACACAAAAGAUAUAUUUUUAAAAAACCAAUCAGAUGUAUUGUUUGUUCCAUUUUAUUUUAACAAAAAUACAAAAGAUAAUAUUCUAACAAGCAUCAUAAUUAAUUUUCUAAAUAACAAAAAUAUAAUCGUAAGUAAGAAAAAAAUUAAAAAUAUGAAAGGAAAAGGAAAUAUCAUUGAACAUAUAGGACAGGAUUAUAACUGUAACAAUUAUUUUGAUAUAUAUGAAAAUUUUGUAGAAGAUGAUAAAGACAUUUUAAAAUAUGAAAAAAAUAAUAAUAUGAAUACAUUAAAUAAUAAAAAUUCAGUGCAAGAUGUAAAUAAUGAAUAUAAAUCUUACGAAGAUGAUCAAUUUGAAUAUGAAAUUGAAGAUGAGGAAGAAUAUUCAAAUGAUGAUGAUUUUAAUGAAAAUAAAGAAGAAGAUAAAAAAAUAUAUGAACGUAAAUUGGAUGAAAAUGAUAUCAAUAUUAUUUUUAAUGAAUAUAAAUAUGAAUCAUCUAAAUUAAAAAUAUAUAAUGAAAAUAAAACCAAUUCUAUUAACAUGGGUUUGAUGAUAUUAAUAAGGAAAAAUAAUGUCGAUACAAAUACUGUUCUCAAUAUGCAUCAUUAUAAUAAUAAUGAUAUAGAAAAAUCUAUAAAUAAUAAAUAUGAAGAUUCUACAAAUAAUAUAAAGAACAAUGAAAUAUCACCUGAUAAAGAAUAUAAUAAAAAUAAUAAUACUAAUCAAAUAUAUGAAGAUAUAUAUGUAAAAUCACACAACCAAAUAGAUAGAAAGGGAACAGAUAAUUAUGUAUUGAAUGGAUUUAUAAAAUCAAAUUUAGAUUUAUUAAAACCUUUUAAUAUAAAUGACGAAGAUGAUAAUAAUAUGAUAACAUCUGAAUGUUUAGAUAUAUCAAAUAAUAAUUGUAUUGAUAUAAAAAGUCCAUAUUUAAAUUUUGUUUUAUUAAAGAAUUAUAUAGAAUCCUUAUUUACACAUAUAAAUUUGAAUGAUUAUUUUACUAACAAAUUAUUAAAAUUAUUAUAUGAAAUUUUGAUAGAAAAUAAAAAUUCCAUAAUAUAUAACCUAUAUUAUUAUACUAUUUUAAAAGAUGAAAAUAUAAAAAAAGUCACUGACAUAUUUUCAAAAAAUGUAAAAAAUAAUUUAAAUAAAGCUAAUACAACUCUUCUUUUAAGAAUAUUUUAUAUAAUGUGCUUUCAAAAAUCUUUUUAUAUCAAUACAGCUAUGCAUUACAAAACGAAUGAAAAAUAUGCCUACUUGUAUAAGAAUAUUGCUAAGUAUAUUCAAGACAUUAAAGAAGGUGAAUUUAUUAAGCAAUUACAAAAACAAGAAGAUAUUAUAAAAUGUUUAAAAAAUUUAUCACUUUUUUUUGAAAAUAAAUAUAAAAAUCAAAAUUCUUUUUAUAUUUCAGAUGUAAACAAAGAUCAAUAUUUAUAUGAAAAGAAAAUUUUUAAGAAGAAAUUAAAUAAUAUAUAUAAUAGACAUUACAUAUGUGAAUAUAAAGAUUUAAUAAUUAUUAGAAAAACAAAUAUUAUUUUAAAAUCAUUAGGUAUUAAUAUGUAUGACUUAUAUAAUGAUAUUAUUUUUCUUGAUAGAGAGAAAAAAACUCAUGAAUAUUUAAUGAAAGAAACUUAUAACAAAAAAAAUAUAAUCAAUUAUGUGAAUGAUAUAUUUUGUAAUAUUUUUAAUAAAUUUAAAACUUUUUUUACAUAUCAACGUGAGGAAGAACCGAUUUUAAGUGCCUCUCAAAAUAAAAAUAUAAAUAGUAAUACUAUGUUGAAUGAAAAUAGGGACCAGUCAAAUAAAUUAAAUACAAAUGAUAAUCAAAUAAACCGUUUGGAGGAUAAAAAUAAUAUGUCUGAAUUAGGCACAAAAUCGUAUCAAAAUAUAAAUAAUAAUAAUAAUAAUAAUAAUAGUAAUAGUUUUAAGAAUGAUAGUGAUUUUAUAUCCUCUUCGAACGAAGGACAAAUAAGAAAAAAGAAUAGAACUGUUAUAUAUAACUUAAAUGAUAAGGAAUAUAUAAGUUUUGAUAAAUUUAAAAAUAUAGUAAUAGAUUUAAAAAAGAAGAAAAAAAGGAAAUUACGAAUAUUAUGUUUAGAUGGAGGAGGUAUAAGAGGUUUAUUAUCCAUAGAAAUAUUAAAAUAUAUUAAUAGUAAUUUAAAUAAGAAUAUUUUUGAAUAUUUUGAUAUAAUAUGUGGUACAAGUACAGGAGCUAUUAUAUCUAUUUUAAUAGGUUUAGAAAAAGCUCACUUAAAUGAAAUUGAAUUUUUAUAUAAUUUAUUAAUAAAUAAAAUAUUUCAAAAAGAUACAUAUGCUGUAAGAAAUACUAGAUAUUUAUUGAAACAUUCAUAUUAUGAUUCAAAUAUAUUAAAUAAUAUAUUAAAUUCUUUUUUUAAAAAUAUUAAAAUGUUUCAUUAUAAUUCUGAUUUUUUUACACCAUAUGUAUUUACUGUGUCUACACAAAUGAACAUAACACCAUUACAACCAGUUCUAUUAAAAAAUUAUAAUGGUAAUUUACAUAAAAUAAGAGAAGCCAAUAUAGUGGAAAACAAUAAAAAUAUUAAUCAUAAUAAUGAAUAUGUUGAUGAGAAUGAUGAUCAUAACAUUAAUACACCAUAUAAUUAUACUAAUGAUAGUUAUGAUAAUGAAGAAAACAAUACACAAACGAAUAACAAUGUAUAUGAUAGAAUAAAUGAUAACAAUUUUGAUGAUACUACUACAAAUAAUAAUAAUAAUAAUAGUAAUAAUAAUGAUAUACAUAUAAAUCAAAAUAUAAGUAAUGUUAGUAUAUAUAAAAGUUUCUAUAACAUUUUUGUCAAAUAUGUAUUAAGAUGUACUACUGCUGCUCCUGGAUUUUUUAAUUUCUUUUCAUUUGAUAAUAAUAUAUAUGCUGAUGGUGCUAUAUGUUUUAAUAACCCAACAUUAUUAAGUUUAAAUGAAUUAAAAAUUAUUUUUUAUAAUUAUAUAAAUACAAAAAAGACAUCAUUUAUGGAUAAAUUAAAAUGUUUUUUUUUUAAUAAAAAUAAACCAUAUAAUAAUGAAAAAAGUAAAGAAAAAGAUGUAAUUAAUAUGAAUGAUUAUAUUGAUUGUAUUGUAAGUAUUGGAACAGGUAAAUUUAAACCCAAAGUAAUAAAUGAACUAAAUGAAAAUAAAUCAUAUGAUACAUUUUUAAGAUGGGAUGUAUUAUUAAAGCAAAUUGUAUAUUCAAUAACAAACACAGAACUUACACAUGAUAUAUGUAAUAAUUUAUUAGAUAAAAAUAAAUAUUUUAGAUUUAAUUGCUUUAUUAAUAAUAUUAAAUUAGAUGAAACUUCUCCUGAAAUUAUUAUGAAAUUAAAACAAAUUGGAAAAAGAUAUUUUGAAGACCAUAAAUAUAAUCAACAAAAAUUAAUCAGAUUAAUAAAUAUUUUGGAAGAUAAAGAAGAAUUAAAAAAAUAUGAAGAAAAAAGAAAGAAACAUAUAUGGAAUGAUUUAUAUAUUAAUUCUAUUAAAUCCAAAAUUUCUAAUCUUAUCUUUAACAAUGACAAAAUGAAUUCUGAUUCUUCUUUUAUGAAUAAUUCUUUCCUAUUAUCUAAAAAUAAUCAUAUAAAUAAUAACCAAACAGAUAAUCCAAAAGAUUCAUCGAAAAAUAAUUCACUCAGUCAUACAAUAGAUAAUCAUAACAUAGAUACAAACAAUAAUAAUAAUAAUAAUAAUAAUGAGAAGAAGAAUAAAAAAUUAAUUUCUCCAUAUUUAAAUUUUAAUUUUAAUCUUAUGGAAGAAGGAGAUAAAUUUGAUCUAAACAAUAUUGAAGAAAUAUUAGAUAUGAUAAAUAAAAAUAAUAAUUCCUUUACUAAAAAUAAUACUUCAUCUUCCUCUUCUUCUAGUGGAUUUAUUAAUUAUUUCACCAAGCUAUUUUCUAAUAAUAAUUUAUUUCUUGAAAAAUUAGAAAGCGUCAAUAAAAGUAAUAUAUUCAAUAGAAACAAAAAUGAAAAAAAUAAUUAUGUUAAUGUUAUUCCCAACACAGGUAUUAGAAUAUUACUCAAUGAAAUAUAUUUUAUACUUUUAAAAAAAAAUCUUUAUUUUCACACGGAUGAAUAUAAUAACCUUACAUAUAUGAAUAACAAUGAUGAUGAUCUAAAUAUAGACAGGAUGAUAACGCAUGAUAAUAAAAAAACACCAAAUGGUUCUUCAACAAAAAAGCGUAAUAAUGCAGAUAUGGAUCAAACAAAUGAAAACAUAACAAAUGAAAAUCAAACAGAAGAAAACCAAAUAGAAGAAAACCAAACAGAAGAAAGCCAAACAGAAGAAAACCAAACAGAAGAAAACCAAACAGAAGAAAACCAAACAGAAGAAAACCAAACAGAAGAAAAUCAAACAGAAGAAAAUCAAACAGAACAAAAUCAAACAGAACAAAAUCAAACAGAACAAAAUCAAACAGAGGAAAAUCAAAAAAGUAGAAAAGAAGAUAAAAAUAUAAAAGAUAAUAAAAACAAAAUAAUGGAAGAUGAUCUUAAUUUAAAUUAUAUUACUGACGAUGAUGCAAUAUUUUUCAGUGAGAAUCAUAAUAAUGAACAGAAAACUUAUUCUGAUAAUACACAUAAUACGUCAGAUAAUUCAAUAGAUGAUGAACUUAUCCAUUCAGAUAAUACAGUAAAUUUAACAAAUAAUCCAAAUAUAAAUAAAAACAGAAACUCAAAAUUUAAAACAGAUAGCAACCAAGGAAAUUAUGAUUUUUUUAAUUCUGAACAUUAUACAGAUAAUAAAAAAAUUAAUAUAUUAGACUUAUUAAGAUGUUUCUUUUUUAAAAAAGAGACAUAA